AUGACCAAAACCUACUUCGACUUGUCCUGUGCCGGAAAGCCAAAAGGCCGCAUUGUAUUCCAACUCUUCGACGACGUUGUGCCCCGCACGGCGGACAAUUUCCGUGCUUUGUGUACUGGAGAAAAGGGAACCUCUGAAAAGUCCGGAAAGCCGCUCACUUAUAAAGGCAGUCUUUUCCACCGUGUGAUCAAAGGGUUCAUGUGUCAAGGUGGAGACUUCACCCACGGCUCUGGCAUUGGCGGAGAGUCCAUUUACGGCGAAAAGUUCGAGGACGAGAACUUCAAAUUGACGCACGAUAAGCCAUUUUUGUUGUCCAUGGCCAACGCCGGCCCCAACACCAAUGGCUCGCAAUUUUUCAUAACCACGGUUCCGACCCCACACUUGAACGGGAAGCACGUUGUGUUUGGUGAGGUGAUCCAGGGUAAAGGCCUUGUGAGAGAGCUCGAGAGAUGCGAGAAGGGCGAGAGCGAUAGACCUGUAGACGAUUGGGUGAUUGCCGACUGUGGCCAGUUGCCCGACGAUUAUGUGCCUGAGGCACACGUAGUAGCUGACGACGGCACCGGUGAUAUUUAUGAGGCUGUGCUUGAAGACGACGAGAAAGUCGAUCUUUCCAAGCCGGAGACUGUUUUUGAGGCUGUCAACUUUUUGAAGGAUUUGGGUACCAAAUUGUUGAAGGAAAGUAAGCUUGAGAAGUCGUUGGAGAAGUACUCCAAAGCCGCCGGCUUCAUGAGAGACGUUCCAGAUUCGGUUCUUUCAGAGUCGCAAACGGAUGAGAAGGCCAAGCUCUGCAUCUCCUUGGAUUUGAACGCCGCUUUGGUGGCCUUGAAAUUGAAGGAACCCAAAAAGGCACUUGCUGCAGUCGAGUCUGUUCUCUCCAACACCCAUGCGGAUGAAAAACAACAGGCAAAGGCCUGGUACAGAAAGGGAUCUGCCUUCCUCCUCACGAAGAAUGAGGACAGCGCUCUCGAGGCUUUCAACGCGGCUUUGAUUUUAUCUCCCAACGAUGCCGCUGUGUUGAAGGGUAUUAAGGAUGCUAAAACGCAGGCUCAGACCCGUAAGAGUCAACAGAAGAAGGCCAUGUCCAAGUUUUUCAGCUAA